AUCAACCAUCAAAAAGAGAGAAGAAAAAGAGAGAGAGAGAGAGAGAGGUUUGAAUUUUGGAGAUGAAGUUCGACUUCAUCAUUGUAGCUCUUGUAAUGGUAUCUGGUGUAGCUCUUUUAAUGGUGUCCGGUGAGAUUUCAACUGAAGAAAUUUCACCGGCGAUUGAGCAUUCGUCGUCUCUGCCGCAAUCAGAAACCGAAAUGUCUCCAUCUCCGACGAUGUCUAAUGAUUACGAUUAUCCGUCAUCGUCUCAACUUACGGAAUCCAAUGAUCUCAACUACACUGAUAGUACCAGACCGGGAGGCGAAGAAGCAUCCGUAGGUGGUGAAAAUGGCGGAGGAGGAGGAAAGAAAACCGGAAUCGCUGUUGUUGGAUCGAUUGCAGCCGCGAGUAUGGUUGGAUUCGGUGGUUAUGUGUUGAAGAAACGGCGAGAGAACAUUCGUCGAUCCCGGUAUGGUUACGCUUCCACUGAAUUCUUCUGAAGAUACUCGAAAUUGCCAUUCAUUUCUCAAAAGGUUUGGUACAUAUUUGUUGGUUCGUUCUGAUAAUCUUCUAAAGAUUUCUAUCUCUAGUUUCCAGAGAAUGUAUAUUUGUGAUAUAGUGUACGAACAAGAUGCAAAAGUGAGUUAUGUUUAUUGAGAGAUUCACAAAUCACAACAAUACAAUUGUAUUGAGAAACAUAGAGAACAUAAGUCAUGACUCAUGAGUAUCUCUAAUGGAAAAAUGAAAACACAUAAAUAUAACUUCAUCUUUAC